UAUAGGUUGUAUUAUGGCCCUGGCAUAUUGUUACGGGCAUGGUGAUGGUGUCAAUGAAAGUCAGGAGAAAUCGUUUGAAUAUCAUCAACUGGCGGCAAAUAAAGGACAUCCCGCUGCUCAGUAUAAUGUUGGUGUUCAUUACUUCGCUGGUAAAGGUGUAACGUUAGAUAUGUCGAAGGCUGCUGAAUCUUUUCAAGCUUCGGCAGAGCAGGGCUUUGAACUUGCACAGAUCAACUUGGGUAACAUGUAUUACAACGGACUUGGACUGAAUAAGGAUCUACACAAAGCAAGGGACUGGUACCGAAAGGCCGCUGAAAGAAACCCAAACGCUAAAGCAUUGCUAGAAGAAGUUGAGAGCGAAUUGGGCGAAACGGACAAUUUAAAACCUACAUAAUGAAAUAUCGUCGUCGCGAUUUCAUAUCCGCCAGUUUAAGGUCAAUUGCGGUUCAAGGUCACGCCUUUUCGGGUGAAAAUGCAGCCUUUCGAAUGAAUUGAGAGCAAUACAUCAAAAUUUACGAUGUCGAGGGAUGUCGAGUAUUAAAUUAGAGGGCAUACAAUGAAGAAUACUUUUGGCAAAUUAUUUGUCGGAGUGCGCGCAAAACGUGAUGGCAUAAGAAUAGUGCGAAUGUCCUUUUAUAUUUUACCAGCAAAAAUGGUAUUCGCAAAUUGAUCAAGGGCAGCCUAAUUUAGUUGUGCAGGUCAACAAGAUGAAUGGUAAAAAAUUUGUGAAUAAAUGAAUAACGACCUAAGCCAUAACAAAAGCAUAUGGCUGCAAGGUACAUAAACGCAAUAAAUGGGAAAUAUUAGAAUGAUUCCAGAGUGAUUCCACUUUUCGAUCGUGAACGCUAACCACAGGAAACCCAAAGAUGUGUGAAGUACUCUAGACAAUAAAAGAAAAUGAAAAAUGAAAAAUCAAUCUGUCGUCAUGAUAUUUUUUCU